AUGAUCGUCGGCUCGGCCGGCCUGGGCAAGACCACCCUGGUGCAGGCCAUGACCGAGGGGCACGACCUGUCCGGGCCGUCGCACCCGAUCGACCUGCCCAGCACGGUGGCCGUCUCUGCCCGGUCUAUGGUGCUGGACAUCUCCGGCGCCCUGACCCAGCUGUCGAUUAUCGACACUCCCGGCUUCGGGGCCGGCCUCGACCGCCGGGACCACUUCGAGGCGGUGGUCAAUUAUGUGGAGCAGCAGCAGCUUCGCUACCUGAUCGAGGAGUCUCGUGUCGAUCGCAGUCUCAAUGUCAUCGAUACUCGUGUCCAUGUGGCCGUGUACAUGAUUCCGCCCACCGGCACCGCCAAUGUCACCGAGAAGCUCCCUGGCCACAAGGAGCCGGUCCUCGUGCGCAAGUACCCCUGGGGCACGAUUAAUGUUGAAGAUCCGGAGAUCUGUGACUACACCCUGCUGGCCAGCUGCCUUCUGGACAACAGCACCCACAUCGAGUUCUUCACCGAGCGCUCGCGCCUGAUCCACUACGAGUCCUUCCGCCGUGAGGUGCUCAGCUCGGCGGCCGAUGGCGGGCAUCUGGAUACGGCCGCCAUCGAGGCCCUGCUCGACCAGAACCUCCAGCUGGAGAAUGCUCGCGCCAACCAGUCGGACGCCGCUUCCAAGCACCACAUUGGCAGCCUGCUGUCGGCCAUGUCGGCCUUUGGCGAGGAGGAGGAGCCCCCUGUGGUGAAGAAGACCCGCACUCCGGAGGAGCUUAUGGAGCGGGCUCUCCGCCGUGAGGAGCUCUCCCGUCGCGGAUCUUCCUCGCAGCAGUCCCCGCAGCUGACCGACUCGACCGAGGCCCCGUCCCUGGUGACGGCGGACUCGGUCACCUCCUUCGCCGAGUCGGCCGAUGUCGCGGUCUAA